GUCAGUUAAACCCAUACAGAGGACAAGCUAACAAUUUUAACACGCAUGCGCGAUACAUUGUUGUGAUGUUAGCCUGAACCCAAAAUGUCUGCCUCCAUGGUUCGAGCGACCGUCCGAGCGGUCAGUAAAAGGAAGAUGAUUCCAACAAGAGCAGCUCUCACUUUGACGCCAUCAGCCGUGAACAAGAUCAGGUUGCUGUUGCAGCAAAAACCAGAAUAUAUGGGUCUAAAGGUUGGCGUGAGAACGCGUGGCUGCAACGGGCUGACGUACACGCUUGACUACACCAAGCAGAAAGACAAAUCUGAUGAAGAAGUGCUGCAAGAUGGUGUGCGAGUGUUCAUCGCGAAGAAAGCCCAGCUGACUCUUCUGGGGACAGAGAUGGACUAUGUGGAGUCCAAGCUCUCCAGCGAGUUUGUCUUCAACAAUCCCAACAUCAAGGGCACGUGCGGCUGCGGGGAGAGCUUCAGCAUUUGAGCCGUCCUAAAGCAACAAAGACUCCACAGGCUGGAGAAGUUGGAACUGAAGAAGAACCCCCGCCUGUCUUUGGACCGCUCAGACGACACGCACACUUUCACUCUUCACCUUUGUGUUACUUUGCCAUUUCAUGCUCACAAGGACCUGGCAGAGUGUAUUUAUUCUCCUUCUUCCACAAAACCCAAAACCAGUGAAGUUGGCACGUUGUAGAAAUGGUAAAUAAAAAGAGAAUACAAUGAUUUGCAAAUCCUUUUCAACUUAUAUUCAAUUGAAUAGACUGCAAACACAAGAUAUUUAAUGUUCCAACUGAGAAACGUUUUUUUUUUUUUUUUUGCAAAUAAUCAUUAACUUAAAAUUUAAUGGCAGCAACAAAAAAGUUGCCACACGGGCAUUUUUACCACUGUGUUACAUGGCCUUUCCUUUUAACAACACUCAGUAAACGUUUGGGAACUGAGGAGACCAAUUUUUAAAGCUUUUCAGGUGGAAUUCUUUCCCAUUCUUGCUUGAUGUACAGCUUAAGUUGUUCAACAGUCCGAGGUCUCAGUUGUGGUAUUUUACGCUUUAUAUUGCGCCAUACAUGUUCAAUGGGAGACAGGUCUGGACUACAGGCAGGCCAGUCUAGUACCCGCACUCUAUUACUAUGAAGCCACACUGUUGUAACACGUGCAGAAUGUGUUGAAAUAAGCAGGGGCGUCCAUGAAAAAGACGUUGCUUGGAUGGGAACAUAUGUUACUCCUAAACCUGUAUGUACCUUUCAGCAUUAAUGGUGCCUUCACAGAUGUGUAAGUUACCCAUGCCUUGGGCACUAAUACAUCCCCAUACCAUCACAGAUGCUGGCUUUUGAACUUUGCGCCUAUAACAGAUGGCUCUUUUCCUCUUUGGUCAGGAGGACACAACGUCCACAGUUUCCAAAAACAAUUUGAAAUGUGAUCUCGUCAGACCACAGAACGCUUUUCCACUUUGCAUCAGUCCAUCUUAGAUGAACUCAGGCCCAGCGAAGCCAGCAGCGUUUCUGGGUGUUGUUGAUAAAUGGCCUUUGCUUUGCAUAGUAGAGUUUUAACUUGCACCUACAGAUGUAGUUACUGACAGUGGUUUUCUGAAGUGUUCCAGAGCCUAUGUGGUGAUAUCCUUUACACACUGAUGUCGCUUUUUGAUGCAUUACCGCCUAGGGGAUCAAAGGUCACGGGCCUUUCUGCUUACAUGGAGUGAUUUCUCCAGAUUCUCAGAAACUUUUGAUGGUAUUACGGACCGUAGAUGGUGAAAUCCAUAAAUUUAUGUUCUUACACUUUUGGACAAUUUGCUCACGCAUUUGUGGUGACCCUCGCCCCAUCCUUGUUUGUGAAUGACAGAGCAUUUCAUGGAAGCUGCUUUUAUACCCAAUCAUGGCACCCACCUGUUCCCAAUUAGCCUGUUCACCUGUGGGAUGUUCCAAAUAAGUGUAUGAUGAGCAUUCCUCAACUUUCUCAGUCUUUUUUGCCACUUGUGCCAGCUUUUUUGAAACCUGUUGCAGGCAUCAAAUUCCAAAUGAGCUAAUAUUUGCAAAAAAUAAAGUUUACCAGUUCGAACGUUAAAUAUCUUGUCUUUGCGGUCUAUUCAAUUGAAUAUAAGUUAAAAAGGAUUUGCAAAUCAUUGUAUUUUGUCUUUAUUUACUAUUUACACAACAUGCCAACUUCACUGGUUUUGGGGUUUGUACACCACGGGUGUCCAAACCUUUCCCACUGAGGACAGCACAUCAAAAAAUCGAAGCAUUCGGCGGCCAUUUUCAUAUUUUUCAUUUAAAAAAAUAAGUCAUUUAUUUUUUUUUUUUAUUCAACGCUUGAAAUCUAUUUAAAAUCUGUCAAUAUAAAGUUGCUUUUUAAAAAAAAUAGCUGUAUGCCCUUUUUGUCAAAGCCCUGAUUUUAUAUUUAAAAUCAAUCAAUAUUUCCCCCUAAAUAAUAAGUAAUUGGAGCCUUAAAUGGCUCAAUAAUUCACAACACCAUGGAUUUUAAUUCAUUAUUUUUAAGGAAUGUCAGUUUAUAAAAAUCCUAAUCAUAAAUAAGUCAUCCAAAUGUUUUAAUUUGUUUAUUUUUACUUUCAAAGCUCAUGUUUUCAGGUCAACUUCGGAUCUAUCCGUUGAUUAUAAGUUUUUAUUAUUUUUUGGUUUUAUGCCCUUUUUGACAGAGAACUUUGUUUCUUGUAUGGUAACCACACAAAGUAUGCAAUAUUUCCCCCAAAAAUAUUUCAAAAGUGGAAUUAUUGAUGAGAAGUAUUGAACUUGAAUAACAUUGAUUUUGAUUCAUUAUUAUUUUUGGAGCACUGACCGUUUUACAGAAAAAAACAGCAGGCGUGGCAGCUUUGUGUUAUUUGAGUCAACAUUGCAACUUUUUUCUUACUACAUUUCACCUGUUUGAUCUUUUAUUCCACUUUUUAAUGUUUUUAAAAAAAAAUAGUAUAUUUAAAACGUGCAAAUUUGGACACCCCUGUUCUACACUCAGUUGUGUAACUCCAGCAAGAGAACAGGAUAAUAGAUUUGAAAUAUUGUGUUGAAAAGCCUCAAGUGUCUCCGAAGUGUAUAGUCUGUUGAAAAAUACUGCAUAUUAAUUUAUGUGUACAUAUAUUGUGUAAAUGAACCAAGCGCACAAUAAAGCAACGCACAAAAAAAUGUAUGCGCCA